CAGUGUGGGCCGUGUGGACCGGAACGGAAGCCUCCGUGGGUCAGACCGCAUCGACGCGGGAAGUCCGGACGCCGUAGUGGCUUGAAGAGGAGGCCUGAGGCGGAGGCGCUGGCCUCGGCAGCGGCAAUGGCAGAAAGGCCAGAGGACCUAAAUCUGCCCAACGCCGUCAUCACCAGGAUCAUCAAGGAGGCGCUCCCGGACGGCGUCAAUAUCUCCAAGGAGGCCCGGAGCGCCAUCUCCCGCGCCGCAAGCGUCUUCGUGCUGUAUGCCACGUCCUGUGCCAACAACUUCGCCAUGAAAGGGAAGCGCAAGACGCUGAAUGCUAGCGAUGUGCUCUCAGCAAUGGAAGAGAUGGAGUUUCAGCGCUUCAUCACUCCGCUGAAAGAGGCUCUGGAAGCAUACAGGCGGGAGCAGAAAGGCAAGAAAGAAGCUUCAGAGCAAAAGAAAAAGGACAAAGACAAAAAAACAGAUUCGGAAGAACAAGACAAGAGCAGGGAUGAGGACAACGAUGAAGAUGAGGAAAGGCUGGAAGAAGAAGACCAGAAUGAGGAGGAGGAGGUGGACAACUGAAUGGGAUGGGAAGACUGGCACCUUGGAAGGUACCACUCUGAAAUAUGUGAUACACGUUUAUGUGAAGCUUUUACUUGCUGGGCAGAGCAGUCUUAGGUGGGAGUACCUGAGAAGAUGGAAAUAAAACUGGCUAGAAUUAUUAUCAAAACUAGCACUUACUAGACUCAGCGCAUCUGGGUAGCAGAAUCUUGUUUUGCUUAAUUAGUCUGAAGGUUAUGACUUUUUGACAAGAGGAAUACUGAGCAGCUAAUUCAAUGAGCCAAUUUGAUCUCUCUUGUUUAGUUAUAUACAUGGUUAGGCAGUUUUUGGUUCCCACUUCCUUCCUCCCUGUACCUCCCAAGAAAGUAGUAACUUUUAUCCUGCCUGCUGUGUUCCCGAUCACAGUCAGCCGAGACUCAGGAAAAAUUUGGGCUUUGAUCAUGAUCAGCCUAUAUUUGAUUGUACAGUAUUUGUCAGUACUAGCUUAUUAAGAGUGAUAAGCACAAUUUAGGUUUUAGAGACUAUUAAAAAGCUGUGGGAGAAAAAUGAAACCCGUUGUUCCUUCACUUGACAGUGAAUCUUGACAGACUCCCUUGACUUAGAAGUCUUGUGUAUUGCAUAUAGCUAUUCAACUUGUUGGGGUGGGUGCACUCUGGGCAUCCAUGCUUUUAAAUUAGCACCGUAGAGUGUAAUUAGUCAAGCAAGGGUGCCAAUGUCUUAUUCUUACAAAACAGGUGGCUUAGUCUUAGAUGCACCUCACUGCCUGCCACUGUACAGCUUUAGGAUUUAUUUUCACCCCCCUAGAAGGUGUAAAAUCCCAGGCUUUCUCUCACAGUCCAUCUCUCAGACUUGAGACCAGCUUUUCAUUCUUCAAUUCAUGACGAGUUCCAAACUUUAUAACCUCAAUGCACAACUUUUUCCAUUUGUGGUUCUCUUGUUCUGUCUACCUGCCUCUGCUCUGCUUCCCAUUCCCACCCUUUCUCUUUCCUUUUUUCACUUCUGUCAGUUCAGAAACAUUGAUAACCUGCUUAAUAUAUAAAAGUGAAGGUUCCUCUGAUUCCUUAGUUAUAAUCUCAUGCCUUUUAAAAAUGAUUCUGUAAAACUCCUCUAAACGUUAAGCAAAAUCUGAUGGUGCUCAGGAAUAUAAUUCCCCCAAACCAUCCAUCCCCUUAACUGCUUCCAAAGUAUUUCUGUUGGCCUUUCUUAGCCUUUUUCUCUUUCUCUUCAGUGCUUCAAGCACUUUUUGUCUCUAAGUUGAAUGCUUAGAGUUUGACAGUGAAAUGUAGUUUGAUACUGUUAACUUGUCAAAUGAAUACAGUGAAAAGUUUGUUGACGAGUGAAGAAUCUUGAGAAAACUAUAAUGCGUUGUAUAAAUAAAGAACAUUGUUGUUAAAAGUGA